AUGAUUCGAAUAAUCCCAAGGCGCUCGCUGGCCAAAGUGUGCAGAACGGGGAUACGGGUCCUGACCACCCAAGCGCAGCGCUACAUUGAGUUGUACGAGCAAAAAUGCCUGGAGAAUGCUGAGCUGGGCCGCCGACUGGCCGCGCAGGAGGCGGACGGCCUGCAGGUCGCAGCAGCGCUGCAGCAGCGGCUCUCCUCCUCGGCCAAGCAGCUGGAGUCUGCAAGGCAUGAGGCAGCCGGGCUCAGGCAGGAGAUGGAGGACCUGCGCUCCAUCGCCGCCUCCGUGGAGGUCGAGCAUGCCGCGGCUCUGCGGGGGGCCGAGGAUGGGUGGCGGCGUCGAGCGGAGGUCACCGAGCGCGAGCUGGCAUGUUGCCGUGCCCUCCUCGCGGACCAGUCCCUGGAGCUCCAGGCUCAGCAUGCAGAGCACGCCCGCCUCCUGACCAGCAUCAACGUCCUGCAGGCGGCCCUGGACUCGGCUGGGAGGCGGCCGGCCGAGCCAGAGGCGGGCGUUCCCGGCCGGGAGCAGCUGGGCCAGCUCGCGGCGCGUAUACACGACUUGGUGCUGGCCAACCGAGGCCUGGCCGAGAGGCUGCAGGCCUGCGGGGAGGGUGCGCAGGAUGUGCAGCGCCUGCUGGCGAGCCGAGAAGAAAGCCUGGCCUGCCUGGGGCGGGAGGCGCAGGAGGCGCGGGACGCGCGGGAGCUUGAGCUCUGUCGGGCCAGCAUGGGAGCGCUGCAUGCCGACAUAGUCGCUCUGGCGGAGGCUUUUGAGGCAGAGAAGGCGGGUAUAGCAGCUGAGGCGGACGCAUGUGUGAGGGCCGCGCAGGAGAGCGCAGCUCGCAGCGAGAGGCUGCUCAUGCUGCGCACCAAGGAGCUCAACACCGUCAGGCACUUGCUCACCAGGCAGCGCGCACUGCAGCAUGCUGCCCAGACCGCGGCGCAUGGAAAAGCCUGA